UAAUUUAGUUAUUAUUUAAUAAAUAGGGACUGAUUCUACUUCAGAUGCAGAUCUUCGUUAAAACCCUGACUGGUGCCACUCUCACCAUGUUCGUGGAUGAGAGCGAUACUAUCGCCACCAUGAAAGCCAAAAUCUCCUCUCAGGAAGGAAUUUCUGAGGAAUCCAUUGUAUUGAUCAAUGGCCUCAGCCAGCUUGAGGACCAAAUGACCUUCGCUGAGUGUGGGCUCAAUAAUGAAGCCACCGUGACUAUGACCCUCAAAAUGCUCGGAGGUAAGAAAAAGAAAAAGAAGAAGGUUUAUACCAAGCCAAAGAAAAUCCCUCACAAGCAUGAAAAUAUCAAAAUGAGAGUAUUGUCUUACUUCGAGGUUGACAAAAAUGGUAAAAUUGAAAAACUUAAGCAGGAAAGCCCAGAGCAAGCUGGCUGCUACCUCGCUGACCAUAAGGACAGAAUGCACUGUGGAAAGACCGGAUACAUGUUCUACAAAAUGACUGCUGAUGGAAAGAGAAUUGCUCCAGUCCAGAACAAAUCUAAGAAGGUCGCAGUAGAAGUCGUCACUAAGAAAAAGAAGAAGAAGUAAGAUAACUUAAU